AUGGCAAAAUAUGGAUACAGAAAGAUCGCAGAAGAUGGCAAUUCGAAAAAAGCCAGCCUUUUCUCUCUUCUCUUCUUUCGAUGGAUGAAUAGUGUCUUGAGGACGGGUAAUGAACGAAGUCUCGAAGAAAAGGAUUUCUUGCCGCUUGCCAAAGAAAGUACCUCUCACUAUCUGACAAAACGCCUCAAGAAAAAAUGGAACGAUGAAAAAGCAAGAUGUAAUAAAUACAAUAGCAAGAAACCUAAGCUUUGGAAAAGCCUACUGAAGUCCAUACCCCUUUACGAUCUUAUGUCGAUUAUUUCUACCAGCGCCCUAUAUUCUCUGACUCGCCUUCUUCAACCACUUCUCCUCGGUUGCCUGACAAAAGCUCUGAUGUCAGAGGAACGGCAGAAUAAUUACCUAAGCUAUGGUUAUGCGUUAGGCAUGGGCGCCAAUGCUUUACUCGGUUGCAUCGCCUUACAUCAGUACGGCUGGCGAUGUGAAAGGCUUUCUAUCAGAAUCAGUAGCGCUCUGAAAGGAUUAGUUUAUCUCAAGGUGAGCAAGGAUAAAGCUCGCUGCAUGAGCAAUCAUAGCCCAUAACCUAGCCUGAGUAUCAGGCGAUUAUGGGGGCAAAAGGAUAAGAAAGAAUUGAAAAGCGGGUGAAAGUGAAUUACGGGGAUGAAAUAACUUGAGAGAAUCAUAAAUGUAAAAUUUAUAAAGAUUUUUCAGAGCUUUUUGGUAAGUCUAUAAAAACUAUCCUCUCUUGAUAAAACUCAGUCAUUUCGCACUCUAUUUAGCAAGUAAAAUUUACAGACUUUUCAUAACCAUAAUUGAUAUACAUCCAUUAAAAAAACCUUAUGAAAUACCUGCAAACAUCAUUUUACCGACAUUUUGUUUCCCUUUGAGAAAUAGGGGAAGAUUUGCUCUCUCGUUAAUAGUCUAUAAAAUUUACAAUUUAUAGACAUUUUAUUAUCUCUGUAAAAGAUCCAGUUUUUCCAGUGGAAAGGAGAGAAAAUUAUUUUCGUUCUUCACCCUUUUCCCUUCCAAUUCAAAAUUUCAUUCCGCUAGCCCAGCUUGAUACUCCCUUGUAAAACACUAGAUAUGCACGGUUUCAAAGGAUUUUAACUAGAUUUUUUUAUAGUUUGGGCCUCAAUGGCAUAAGGAAAAAGAUUUAAAUGUGCUAUUUGAGUGCCUUUUGUUUUGUUAUUGCGGUACACUUACGGAAAAAAGAAAGAACUAUCAAAAAUUUUAUUCACCUGAAGUUGUUCUGUAUUAGAAAAGGCACAAUUUAACUUGUAAAUUCAUUGCCUUCCACUCUUGAUUCAGUUACAUCCUUGGUGUAUAAAAUACGUCCCUUUAAGCAAUUAUUACGUUAUGUCGUAUUAUGCUGGAAAAUCUGUUGAAUCAGUACCAAAUAUUUAUAUUCUUCUCAUUAUAGAUCCUCCGGCUUAGCAAGGAUGCAUUGUCAAAAUUUUCAGAAGGUCAAGUGAUCAACCUGGUAUCGAACGAUGUCCAGCGACUGGAGUGGGAUACUGUGAGAAACUUUUUCUUUGGGGUUAUUUCGUUUCUUGAGCUCCUUGCAGGAACAUUUUUGCUCGUCUAUUUAAUCGGCUGGCAGACUUUGAUGGGAGUAAUAUUCAUUUUCCUCCUCCUGCCAUAUUUCGGCAGCCUGUCCUUCGCCAGUGCGUCUCUGCGUCUACGCUCAGCAGAGGCAUCUGACAAACGCAUCUCGUUAAUAAACCAAGUUAUCGCUGGAAUCCGCGCCAUCAAAAUUAAUGCCUGGGAAGAUGUGUUCAGAGAAAAAAUAAAGGAUACGCGAAGGUAGGAAAACCAACCAUAGGAAGUUAUGAUCUCAGUUAAAAGAAUGAAAUUCAUGUAUAUUAAUUGUUCAAGACAAGAAAUUUCAUCGCCGUGUUUUCACCAGGAAAGCAGUGUUCGUAUCUGUAUCUGUAUCUAUAUACUCAGUUAGCUCAGUAGUGAUGCUACCAAAAUACUAUAUUGCAUUCUUUAUACGACGCCACGUCACUAAAUUAAACUUAAGGUUCGAAGGCGAUCGUGCAAAUAAAGUAAAAGAACCAUGGAACCGAGGCAGUACAGCUCUGCAGGACUACUUUAUAUGGUCUAGCUAAACUAGUAAUGAAUUUACAAUAAUUGUCACGAAAAUAACACAAUAAUGUACAGUCGAACCUCCAUGUGCGACCACCUCUUGUAAGCGACCACCACCCUUAAUAUAAGCGACGGCCAACCAAAACACCUAAACUUCCCCAGUCAAAGUCUUACAGUUGGAACCUCUAGCAUAGCAAACGACCACCUCUCCUGUAAGCGACCGCGACCGCGACCACUUUUUGGGCCUGAAAGUAAAAUGAUUUUUCAUAGCUUUUAACCUCUAAUAAGCAACCACUUACGCAUUCUCUGAUUCUUAUGUUCGCUGUUUGCACUAUGCUACUCAGAAUAUAACUCCUUGAAAAAAUACUGUGCACGAAUAUAGAAAAAACAUGUCUACUUUAUAACUAUAAUACUCCACAGUUGUUAAUAUAGAUGCUAUAGGUUAGUGAAGUUGGUGUAGUUGAUGGAGUUUGCUGUAGUUGGCCUUAGUUGCUGUUAUCCACGGCCCUAUCUGAUUCAUCGCUUUUCGUUGUUGUUGUUUAUUUUUAAAGACAAGAAGUCAACAUAAUCCGUAAAAAAAGUGCUGUUCUAUCCGGUGUGGCCGCUAUAGAGUACACUUCUACACUUAUGGCGUCUCUAGUGUCUAUCUUGACUCUUGUGUUGACUGGGCAGCCCCUUACACCUGUUAACGUCUUCCUUCUACUGUCGUUAAUUGGUGUACUUCGGAGGACAGUUUGCGUUUUCUUGGCCUACGGAUCUAUGGAUACAUACGAUGCUUAUGUCUCGCUGGGGAGGUUAGAGGACUUCCUUCUUUUAGAGGAUCUUCCUGAAAUCUGCAAUGAUCAUGAGGAUAAUGAUGAUCACGUUCAUGAUGAUGAUGACGAUGACGAUGAUGAUGAUGAUGAUGAUGAUGAUGAUGGUGUUGUCACAGAAGACAGUGUAAACCACUCUUAUUUUAAGGCAACUGGUAAAAUUAACUGUCUGGAGAAAAGGCAAAACGUCUCCGUUCCGGAGAAGGCGGAGCACCUGGAGAGACAGCAACCUUAUAAAGAGGGAACGAAUUUAUGUGUAACGGGAUUAGCCGUGAAACAGGUUAACCUUGAAGAAAAAUUCAUCCUACAAGACUUCCAUUUAAGAGCUGAAAAAGGUACUCUGACAGUUAUCACCGGGCAAGUAGGGAGUGGGAAAUCGACUCUUUUAUCAGCAAUUGCUGGUGAGGUUUCACACACAAACGGGACAGUUACUUAUCCAGGAGGUCUCGUUUAUGUGCCUCAAACAGCUUGGGUAUUUUCUGGAACUAUAAGAGAGAACAUUUUGUUUGGUGAAGCGUACGAUGAGUCUAAGUACACCAGAGUAACUGAAGCCUGCGCUCUAAUCAGUGACAUUCAGCAUUUUCCGGCUGGUGACCAAACAGUCGUUGGAGAACGUGGUGAGGUCCUGAGUGGCGGUCAGCGUGCAAGGGUAAGUUUAGCACGCGCGGUGUACGCCGAUGCUGAACUUUACUUGCUAGAUGACCCCUUGAGUGCCUUGGAUUUCAAAGUCUGUCGUCAUGUAUUUGAAAAGUGUAUCAAGGGCUUACUGGAUCAGAAAAUCCGGCUACUCUGUUCUCACCAAGAACAGCACAUGGAAGAUGCUGAUAACGUCGUUGUCUUGAACAAAGGCCGAGUGUUGGGAGCCGGAACUUUGAAACAGCUUAAAGGAGAGGGGAUUCUGAAUAACAUGACAGGCCUAUGCCAUAACAAACUCGACAAGGAUCGAUUAGACGACAGUUUUGAUUGGAAUAAUGAAGAAAAUGACACAUUGAUCGAAGGCAAGGAAAGCGACAAACAUAAGGGCCUAAAGAUAUCCGAGGAAGAACGCGAAAUCGGAGUUGUGUCAUGGGCACUUUACUGGAGCUACUUCAAGAGCGGAGUACCCUCUCCUGUGAUCAUUGCUGUAAUCUGUUUUUGUUUCAUCUCGCAAGGUAACCAACGUAUAAUGUAAGAUUUGUUUUAGCACUCCGCAUAUAAAUUUGGCACUGUUUCACCCGGCAGCUCCUAAUUUGGUACAAAUUGUGUUAAGAUAGCUCCACGAGUGAGCGGUCGAAAGGUUAAAACAGAUUUUAGGCACUAAAAACUAACACUAAUACUCUGACGGAUAUCUAAGUUUUAACAGAUGGCUUUUUUUUCUCGUACAGCUGGGCAUUCAUGCACUCAUUCUUGAACUUUAGCCGAUGUAAGUUAGGUACCCGGCCUAUCAAAAGAUCACACUGGGAACACGAUGCCAACAAGGGUAAACAUGAUACCCUUAAAGAUCGAGACCCUCAAAACCUAUGCCGGGGGAGACUCCGCAUAUGAAAGGGGUGGGGAUGCUCGUCGGAAAUUUUGAAUUAAGCCCCUAAAGGAGACCGAUCUGGGCGUGGCCCAGGGUUUUUUGAACCCUAAAAGAGAUCAUGUUGAAACACAGUCAAUAUAUAUGUUUUUAUAUUUUUCGCGUGCGACCCUAAACGAGAUUUUCACGGCUAAAUAUGAUGGCGUUUUGCCCAGAACACCCUAAGUGAGACCAAAAUCCGAAAUUUACAUCCCUAAGCGAGACGACGAGCAUCACCACCCCUUUCAUAUGCGGAGUUACCCCCCCCCCCCGGGCAAACCUAUGCCCUGAUGGGUGGCGCCGAUAUAUGGGAGUAUUAAAGAUCCUCUCUUGACUCAGGCUAUUGAUCAGAUGGAGAAAAUGAUAGUAUAGGCGGUCUUUUUGGUUACGGUUAUUUUAUCGUUUCUUAUACUGCUGUUUUUUCUUCGUUCUUAGCAAUUAUAGCUUCUCCAGAUGUAUGGCUUGCGUUGCUCGUAAAGAAACAGCCAGCAGAUCAGAGGGACCAGAUGAACCUCAUUAUAUAUGGUUGUCUCGUGGGUGGAGCCUUUGUAUUUGUAGUCAUACGUGCAUACGGAUUUCUCCUGGUUUCUCUAAGAUGUUCCCAGCGCCUUCAUGAUAAAAUGGUCCUGGCUGUUCUACAAGCGCCAGUCCUGUUCUUUGACACAAAUCCAGUGGGAAGAGUUAUGAACAGGUUCUCCAAAGACAUAAGCUGUCUUGAUGAACUAUUACCCAAAGCGUUUCUGAUGUCAAUGCAAUUGGUUCUCCUCAUGUUAUCCGGAGUUCUUAUUCCGAUUGUCACCAAUCCCUGGCUACUAACUGUUAUCGCUCCAUUAACUUUGGUCGUUUUGUACAUUUCGAGGUAUUACCUAAAGACGUCACGUGAUCUCAAACGAUUAGAGUCGAGUUGUAGAAGCCCUGUCUUUUCACACAUCUCGGAGACUUUAAACGGACUGGACACGAUUCGGACGAGAGGAAAACGAAGCGAUUUUGUGGACCAGUUUUUCAGGUAAAAAUCAAUACAAUUCCACUGUUAUGUAAUUGAAAAAGGGAGUGAAGACCUUAUUACUUGCUACGCUUAACUGAAGAGCUGCUUUUAGAUUAUUUGAAGUGCGAAAGAGAUCGAGAACACAAAACGAAUCGCUCGGAUUGUCAUAGAAGAGAGAGGAAUUGCUUAUAGCCGGGGUCACAGAUAUUCUCUUGUAUAACCCAAGUUGGCCAUACAACGGUCAAACUUUGAACAAGUCGAGGAACCUGUUUCCAGGGUUCUCCCUUAAGGCCGAUUUAGACGGUAAGACUUUGACUUACGACUAUCGUGCGCGACCGCUAGCAUACUUCAUGACUUUCGACUAUCCACACGCGCACAAUUUCCACUUACGACAUCCACGCGUGUCGUACGAAUGUCGUGGGUCUAAUUUACACGACAAGAUCCGUCGGAAAGUCAUGACGCAUGCUAGUCGCGCACGAUGGUAGUAAGCAAAAAUCGUACCGUCUAAAUCGGCCUUAAAAGUACGGGAAAAAGCCUGGGAACGACGUUGGAUCUUAAUCCGACAUUUAGCGCAAACCGAAAGAAAACCUGGUGACAAGUAAAUGGCCUUCUAGUCAUUACUAGAUAGAGACUUCAAAUCAUGCGAAACUGAUUUCCGCCCAAAGAGAGGCGUUCAGUGAAAUCGCACUUUUAGAAACCGCUAAAACUGACUGCAUUUUGAUAUUGAAUUGAUUUAUUGCAGAUUUCAGGAUAUUCACACCCAGUCAUUCAUGGUGGUGAUGGCAAGUGGGAGAUGGCUGGGUGUACGCUUGGAUCUAAUUGCCUCCCUUAUGACUACAGCGGUGGCUCUUUCUGCAGUUUUGGUAUCUCAAGAUGCUGGUAGGUACUGCGCUAACUACACUAACUACAUCAACAACUGACUACAAACUACACCGAACUACAACAACCUACAACAAACUACAGUGGAAUCCCGUUAAUACGGUCACCAAUGGGCCAAAAGAAUUUGGCCGUAAUAACGAGGUGACCGUAUUAAAGAGGGUUUCUUUACAAGAAAAUGUAUGGUCGGUUUUGCCGGGCGGCCAAAAAAGUGGCCGUAAUAACGAGGUGACCCGUAAGGCAGGGUUCCACUGUACUUCGAACUACAACAAGAGGGCCCCAUUAUGGAUUAAAUUAUUUUUCUUCUUCCAAUUAGCUUCUGCUGGUCUCUCUAUGGUUUAUAUCAUUCAAACCGUGGCUCAGACACAACUAGCGGUCAGAAAGACUUCGGAUGUGGAGAAUUUUAUGACGUCAGUUGAACGAGUUAUGGCUUACACCAGAAUUGACCCUGAACCUGGAUACAAGGUCGCCAAGCUUCCCCCGGAACAGUGGCCUAAUAAAGGCAAAAUCACCUUCCGAGAUGUAUCUCUAACCUAUUAUCCGGGGGGUCCCCAAGCCCUCAAGGGUAUCAAUAUUGAUAUCGAAGGAGGUGAAAAGGUGGGCGUCGCCGGGCGGACGGGUGCUGGGAAGUCCUCAUUUGUCGCAGCUCUUCUGCGCAUGCCAGAUCCUGCAGGGGAUAUCAUCAUUGAUGGAGUUCCAGUUAAGGCAAUCAACCUCCAAGGAGCUCGAAGGGCUUUAUCAGUUUUAGGGCAAAGUCCUGUUCUCUUUAGUGGAUCCAUUAGGAAAAACCUUGACCCGAUGGAGCAGUACGAAGACGCCGAUUUAUGGAGGGUAUUAGAGCAAGUUCAGCUUAAAGAUUUCGUGAAGAGUCGUGAAGGACAGUUGAAUUACAAUUUUCUGGAGCAUGGUGCAAAUAUCAGCGUAGGGGAACGGCAAUUAAUCUGCUUAGCACGCGUCCUGUUGCAGCAGAACAAAAUUGUCGUCCUUGAUGAGCCAACUGCUCACGUGGAUCCGGACACGGAACAAACGAUCUGGAACGUUGUACGAGAAAAACUUCAGGACCUUACAGUGAUUACCAUUGCUCACCGUUUGAACACGAUUAAAGACAGCGAUAAAAACAUUAUAUUCAAAAACGGGAUGGCUUAUGUAGCUUAG